UAUAUAUAUUUUUUUUGUUUUUACUGUUGAUUUUUUUUUUUAUUUUUCGUCUCGCUUACUUCUUUUCUUUUCUUUCUUUCUUUUCUUCUAACUUUUUUAUUUUAUUUAUUUUAUUUUAUUUUGUGUUAUUAGGCUAUCAAACAAUCUAUUCAUGGGAUUGAAGUAUCGGGAAUACUUGGAACAAGAGGAAGGGAAAAAACUAUUUGGGUGUUCAACUUGUCAUUCUCACCUUGCUACCAGUGAUAAAAUUGUCUCCAAGGAAUUCAACGGACAACAUGGACCUGCUUAUUUGUUUCAAAAAGUUGUCAAUGUGGAUGAGGAUGAUAUAGAAGAAGAAAGGAUGAUGAUUUCUGGAACUCAUACGAUUGUGACCAUCUCAUGUACACGAUGCUUGACUUUACUUGGUUGGAAAUACGUCAAAGCAAGUGAUGAUCGGCAAAAAUUCAAGGAAGGCAAAUACAUUUUGGAAAAAACUCUUCUCAAAAUCAUACAAUGAACAAUACCCGAAAACACUUCCCACACUCCCUCACACCACUUUUUUUUUUUUUUUUUUUGUACAGCCUGAUCCUUGUUUUCAUCUUAUAUAUAUUCAAUACCUUUUCUAUCAUUUUCUAGUAUUAUUCGUUUUUUUAGUCCAUCUUUCAAAAUGAAAUAAAAAUCACUGUUCUUCAAUAAAACACCUUUAUUUUUUAAAAAAAAAAAAAAUUCAUGCCCAAAAAUAAAACCUGCAUUUUCACUCCGCUGAACCUGCGCAUACAAAAAAAUGAAAACAAAAAAAGUCUAAUUU